GGGGUUUGGCUUCUCUGUCGUCCCACAACAUCAUCAUGACCCGUGUGCUGCUGGGAGUCGUUGUGCUGGGGAACCUGGUCUGCAUCAGCACACAAGUUCCAGAGGUGCUCGAUCGACCUGCCCAGGUGAGGUUUGAGUCUGUGGACUAUAAAAACAUCCUGCACUGGACCCCACCCAUCAAUGACACCUCUCUGCAGUACUACGUCCAGUGGAAGAUUUACGGCGAGCCUCAGUGGUUGGACGUGGACGGCUGUCAGGGCAUUGAGAAGCACCACUGUGACCUGAGUGGAGUGACCUCUGACCCCAGAGAGUGGUACUACGCCAGAGUGCACGCUUCCUCUAAGCCCGCUAGUAAAUCUGCCUGGACCCUGUCCCCCAGAUUCAGCCCCCGCUGGGACACCAAAAUUAGCCCACCUGUACUGAAGCUAAACAUCACAGAGCAAGGCAUUGUGGUCCGUGUCAAACCUCCCCGGCCGCUCGUUAGGAAGAUGCACAACGAUCUGUUCUACAAGAUCUACCUUGUACACAACAGUGGAGCAGAGGAGGAGUUCGAGAUGGAGUGCUGCUUUCACAAACUCAAUCUGAAGAAGGUGAAACAUAAGGAGGAGUACUGCCUCCAGGCCGAGACCGUCAUCGCCUUCCAGGCCAAAAGCAGCGACCGCAGCCCGGAGAAAUGUGUCACCACGCUCUGAUCACGCAAACAAACAUGAGGAGAAGAUUUGGAUCCAACACGUCAGCUUUAAUAAUCAUCGCUACCUCGACGGCAAAAACCAACAAACGUCUGUGCCAAAAGUCAUGCACUUUACUGUUCCACUAUUAUACAUUAUUAUAUAUUUAGUUUUUGAGCUUCCAUUUUUGUAAUUUCAGAUGCAGAACAAGUAAAACAAAACCGUUUAUGGGAGUUAAUGAUUCAUUCUUUUAAGGAUUUGUCGCUUAAGUGUCUUUUUUUUCUAACUUAAUGGCAUCAGUUGUUUAUGCACCACAUGUACAUUCACUGAAACAUCCAGUAAAUCAGGGAUGUCAAACUCAUUUUAGUU